CCCCCCUGGAGCCAGGCCUGGGGAGGGGGCUCGAUGGCGAGCGCCUGGUGGCCGGGCCUGCACCCAUGGGGCCCGGCCGGGCACAGCCCGAAGAGGCAACGUGGGACCCCCUUCCCGUGGGCUCACCACCCGUAGGAGGGGCCAAAGGGGUCGGGUGCAGUGUGAGCUGGGCAGCAGCCGAAGGCGGGGACCUUGGCGGUCCGAUCCUCGGCUGCAGAAGCUAGCUCUAGGGACGUGGAAUGUCACCUCUCUGGCGGGGAAGGAGCCUGAGCUGGUGCGCGAGGUUGAGAAGUUCCAACUAGACAUAGUCGGCCUCACCUCGACGCAUAGCAAGGGCUCUGGAACCAGUCUUCUCGAGAGGGGUUGGACUCUCGUCCACUCUGGAGUUGCCAUUGGUGAAAGGCGCCGGGCAGGGGUGGCAAUACUUAUUGCCCCUCGGCUUGGCGCCUGUAUGUUGGAGUUUACCCCAGUGGAUGAAAGGGUAGCCUCCCUCCGCCUACGGGUGGGGGGACGGAUCCUGACUGUUGUUUGUGCCUAUGGCCCAAACAGCAGUUCAGAGUAUCCACCCUUUCUGGACUCCUUGGAGGGGGUGCUGGAAAGUGCUCCCUCUGGGGAUUCCAUCAUUCUGCUGGGGGACUUCAACGCUCACGUUGGCAGCGACAGUGAGACCUGGAAGGGUGUGAUUGGGAGGAACGGCCCCCCCAAUCUAAACCCGAGCGGUGUUUUGUUAUUGGACUUCUGUGCUCGUCACAGAUUGUCCAUAACAAACACCAUGUUCAAGCAUAAGGGUGUCCAUAUGUGCACUUGGCACCAGGACACCCUAGGCCGCAGUUCGAUGAUUGACUUUGUAGUCGUGUCGUCGGACUUGCGGCCGCAUGUCUUGGACACUCGGGCAAAGAGAGGGGCGGAGCUGUCAACUGAUCACCACCUGGUGGUGAGUUGGCUCCGAUGACCUGGCAGGCCCAAACGCAUUGUGAGGGUCUGCUGGGAACAUCUGGCAGAGUCUCCUGUCAGAGAGAGCUUCAACUCCCACCUCCGGGAGAACUUUGACCAUGUACCGGGGGAGGCGAGGGACAUUGAGUCCGAGUGGGCCAUGUUCCGUGCCUCCAUUGUCAAGGCG